GAUUCCCACUGGACCAGAGCAAGACCAGACCGGAGCAAACCAGAUCGGAUCGGAUCGGAUCGGGCGAAACCAGGCACCGCACAACGCAACGCAACGCAGCACAGCGCAACGCAACACGGCACGAUAGCAUGGUGCUGGUUCGGUUCCGCCGCCACGGCAGAAGGAAGCCCCUGCGCCUGCUCCCGUGCGCGGCAACGAUCCUCCGGGCGUCGCUUUUGGUGUUGGUGUUGUCGCUUCUCGCCCACCGGCGGGCGGCAGAGGGCUUUCGGGUCCCGGGGGGGCUGGAAGGCAUUCCGAAGAAGAACCGCAGCCGCAACCGCCGGCGAGACAUGAUCGUGUCCACGGUGCCGCAGCUCGCGUCCCUGGUCCUGCUCGACCGGGGAAACAGCAACAGCCGGGCGCUCGCCCUGCCCUUCUUCGACCAGCCGGAGGACCGGCGGCAGAAAGAGCUGUGCCUGGUGAACCUGAUGAGGCUCCAGUCCUGGGCCCUCGGACUCUCGCGGAAGCUGGGGGAGGCACCCGGCGACGAAACACCGGAGGGUUGGGAAGACAAAAAGAAAUCACUGUACCUCGAGGCGAGGCUGGGAUCCAAGGUGGUGGUGGCCGAGUCGAAGCGAAUCAGCGGGGGGGCCACCGCCAACGUCUUUAUGCUCAAGGGACUCCACGUCCGGGAGUGCCUGGACGACCUGGUCUACUACGUCGGCAAGGGCGCCAAGCGAAAACAGAUGGACACGUACCGGGAGGACCUGAUCGAGGCGCUCGCGUCCAUCGUCGAGUUCGACGGCCUGGAAACCACGCAGGACGACUCCCCCAGGUCGUCCCUGACGCUCUCCAUGUACAACGCGCAAAAGAGCCUCUUCGUGCAGCGGAUGCUGGCCGAGCGGAUCGUUCCGCUCGUCGACGACAUACUGCGCCUCUUCGAUCCGGACACCCGGGCCCAGAGCGAAUACUACAUGAGGGAGUACUAUCCGUCCGAAGCGAUCGCGAGAAAGCCGCCGUAGGGAAAUUGGGGGCGAGCGGAACGGGCACGCGCAAGCCCCGGCACCAGCGCAGCGAAGGCACAACACCGCGGAACACCGCAAGCCGCGGGGGCGGGAGGCACCCUGGUUUGGUUGUCGUUCGGGGGCACACGCCAGGCAUAUCCGUUUGGGUCCAUUUCCACGCAUCCAUCUACGACUUGUUUGACGCCGCCGGAGAGGACGACCGCAUUAGAUCCAUUGCGGAGAUUUGCCUUGCCGAAUUAAGGCAAAACUUACAA